ACUUUCCAGAUCAUCGCACGACAAAAGCAUGGCGGCGGGCUACGGCGAGGAACUCCUGGGCAGGGUGUCGGGCCUGGUGGCGGCGUGCACAGUGCGCGUGUCGCGCGCGACGCGGCGCCUCCUCCGGCGCCACCAGAGGAGGAGGCCAACGAAGCACCACCAGACGACGGCCGACGUGGUUGCGGCGGCGCUGUGCGCGCGCGGGGCGGCCAUCGACAAGGGCAGGGCGUCGUCGGGGUCGGCGGGCGAGGUGGCCCUCUGGAGCCGGCGGAUCCUGAUGGGGGAGCGCUGCCAGCCGCUGGACUUCGCGGGCGCCAUCCACUACGACAGCUUCGGCCGCCGGCUGGCGCGCCCGCCCGUGCCGCCGCGCUCCGCGUCCUCCCUGUCGUGCCGCGGCGACGUUGACGCGGGCUACUACCCGGCGGCCGAGAACGGUGACGCCGUCUAGGUCAGCUGGCUGAUGAUGUAUGGCCCUCAUCAUUCAUUUCUUAGGUUAAUUGUCGUCGUCGAUGGCAUGUAUAAAGACAGUGUACGCGCGUACGUACGUACUCCAUUCGAUUCCUCGUUCGUUGCCAGAUGAUCCACAUGUGUUUCUAAUUAUAAUUUAUGAAAACUGUCCUUUUUGC